UCUACCUGAUACUGGAACUACUUACGCACAUGCCAAAGUGGCUCUGUCGAAUCAUUUUAGGCCUAAAGUUAAUAUUGAAUAUGAGAGGGCUGUAUUUAGACGUCUUGGGCAGAAGUCAGACGAGAAACUAGAUUCCUACCAUACCCGACUAAGGAAGGCGGCCGGUACAUGUAACUUUCAAAGUAUUGACCAAGAACUGAAGUCGCAUAUUAUCCAAACAACUACUGACUCGAAGUUGAGAAAACAGGGCCUUAAGGAAGACGGACUUACGCUAGCAGAAAUUCUACAAAUUGGAAGGUCAAAUGAACUAGCACAGGUCCAGAAUAGUGAUUUGGAAAAGGACUUAGGCUUAGGCCCAGCACAGUCUCAUCCAGAAAAUCGAGUCCAUGCUGUAAGUACCAAAAGACAGAACAGUAAAACUUUUCGCCCUAAUAAUAAAGGAAAUGGAAACAGUGCUAGGAGCGGUUCUGUUUAUGGAAGGAAAAAAUGCUUUGGCUGCGGUAGGUCAUAUCCACACCCAAGAGGCCCAAAGUCCUGUCCAGCAUUUGGAAAGAAAUGUCACGACUGCGGUAGAGUGAACCAUUUUGCCAAGUAUUGCCGACAGGUAGCUCAUGAAAUAAGCUGUUAA